CCGUCCCUCUCUCAAUGCUCCGUAGCAUUCUGGACGAUCGUAUUUUCCGCCCACAAUUCUCUUCACUUUCUCGUUGGAUUCACUCUCCAACUUCCCUUCAGGUUUCGAUCCAUUUCAGGAAGCUUCAGGCUUGAUUCGCUGAAUCACUGAAGCCGAGCCCAGCUCAAUGAUCGGAUCGAGCAUGUCGAAGAGGCUGCCCUACACGAAUAAAGAUAUUGACUAUGACAACGCCAAGUUUCGCCACCGUUCAUUCUUCAAGGCCUUUAGUCAGAGCUUGGCCACUAGCAAUUUAAAGCGUGAUUGUACUAGUUGUAGCACGGGAAAGUUCCUGCUUUUACUGCUGGUAUUUGGUUUAGCAUAUGUUAUGCUGACUCACACAAGCCCCAGUCCUGUUGUUUCUGAUAAUCAAGCAAUUGGUGACAGAAAAGGUGAAGGUAACCUCAUCACCAGGGGUGGAAUCACACUAAAAAGCCUCUUGAGACGACCUCCAAGGCUUCCUCCUAGAUUACCACCGGAUAAUAUUGGUCACGGAAAACAAGAUGUUGGAUCAAUAUGGACUGCCAGGCAACAAAAAGUCAAGGAUGCUUUUGUUCAUGCAUGGUCUGGCUAUAAAAAAUAUGCUAUGGGUUUUGAUGAACUUAUGCCGCUUAGCCAGCAUGGAGUUGAUGGAUUAGGAGGACUAGGUGCCACAGUGGUUGAUACCCUUGAUACGGCCAUGAUAAUGGGCAUUGAUGAAGUGAUUGCCGAAGCAGGAUCCUGGGUUGAAGCACACCUUUCUAAACGGAUCAGUGAGAAGGGCCAAGUAAAUUUGUUUGAAACUACAAUCCGUGUUUUAGGAGGGCUUUUAAGUGCAUAUCAUCUAAGAGGUGGGGAGAAAGGAAUGAACUUGACAAAUGCAGGACCUGAACCAGCUGUUUACCUAGAAAUUGCCAAGAAUUUAGCUGAUCGCCUGCUCUCUGCUUUUACAUCCAGUCCAACUUCUAUUCCAUUGUCUGAUGUUAUUCUGCGUGACUCCUCAGCCCAUCCAGCUCCUGGCGGACUGAGCAGUACUUCUGAAGUUUCCACUGUACAACUUGAAUUCAAUUAUCUCAGUUCGGUAUCUGGUGAUCAGAAAUACAGUGUGGAGGCUAUGAAGACCCUGGAUCACAUGAAGACUCUCCCCAAGGUUGAAGGAUUGGUUCCUAUCUACAUUAGCCCCCAUUCUGGCCAAUUUAGUGGAGAAAACAUCAGACUGGGAUCUCGUGGUGAUAGUUAUUAUGAGUACUUAAUCAAAGUGUGGCUUCAGUCUGGAGCUAGUCCUGGGGGUAAUACAACGUACCUGUAUGAAAUGUAUGUGGAAGCAGUGAAGGGUGUUAAGCAUCUUCUUGUUCGAAAAUCAAUUCCAAAUGGAUUAGUUUUUGUUGGAGAAUUGCCUUAUGGAUUAAAUGGUGGUUUCAGUCCAAAAAUGGACCACCUGGUGUGUUUCUUGCCUGGUACUUUAGCUCUUGGUGCCACUAAAGGCCUUACAAAGGAAAAGGCAAUGCUAAACAAUGUGCUGAACUUUGAGGACAUGGAAAAUUUGAAGCUUGCAGAAGACCUGGCUAAAACAUGCUUUGAAAUGUACUCUGUAACUUCUACUGGUUUGGCUCCAGAAAUUGCUUACUUUCAUACCGAGGAAUUUUCUGAACAAGGUCUUGAUGGAGGGAAUAAGAGCUCAGAAUAUAUUAAUGAUAUUAUAAUAAAACCUGCUGAUCGGCACAAUCUUUUGCGACCUGAGACUGUGGAAUCAUUAUUUGUUUUAUACCGUAUUACAGGAGAUCCAAAAUAUCGUGAAUGGGGUUGGGAAAUAUUCGAAGCCUUUGAGAAAUACACAAGGGUUGAGACUGGUGGAUACACUUCUCUGGACGACGUAACUACUGUCCCUCCUAGCAAAAGAGACAAAAUGGAAACUUUCUUUCUGGGAGAAACGCUGAAGUAUUUAUACUUGCUCUUUGGAGAUAGCUCUGUUGUUCCAUUGGAUAAAUUUGUUUUUAACACAGAAGCACAUCCUAUACCAAUCAAUUUGAAGAAAUGAUAUGUUUUUUAUGGCCGCGAAGGCAUUCAAUCGACAGAAAGCUUCUAGCCACCAAGAAUGAAGUGGCACGAAGUUAAUCGUGAAUUCCUUACACGGAGCAAGAACACUUGUUGUUGUAAAGGCAUCGAGUCGCUGGGAUAUCAAGGAACACAAAAUGUGGCUAAUAUGUGUUCGAAUCUUGCAACAUUACAGCUCCCGACACUUUUGGUUAUUGGACUUUAUUUUUCCCCUCACUUGUAUUGAUGAGAUUGUAAAAUUUUGUUUCAAUGAUCACUAACAAAGAGAAGCUUUUGUAAUUAUAUUAUCUGAUUUUCCAAUGAUUUUCCGGCUGGAUAACGUUCUAGUCAAUACAUGAUUAUAUUUUUACCUU